CGGGGGUCGCUUUUGAUCGAAUGCAACACUCCCGCUGAUUGUACUGACUGACUAAUCUUCUCUCGUACGAGUCGUAAGAGUUUGCACCUCGAAAUCUAAAGUUGGUUUAGCUUUUUCAUUGCAGUUCUCAUUGUCAACCUCCAAUUCUCUGUCCCUUUACUUUUAGAGCAUUACAUAUUCUUCGUAGUGAACCUAUCACUCGGUUGCGCUGUCUUGAGCUCACGUUAGAGUUCCGUGUUUACAAUACGUGUAAUACGUCAGUAUGUUAGCGAUCACAUUCUCAAGUGUUCUACGUUUUCACAUAUUUGACUUUUGGGAAUCUUAAUGUUUUCUUUACGGUCGUUGGUCUGCUAUGAAACUGUUUUAUAUCACCCAGGGUCGCUGCGACUUUCACUUUCUCGAUUAUCAGGUCAAAGGCGCAGAAAUUCCACCGGCUCAGGGUUUAUUUGUGCAUCAGCGGCUCCUCUACAGUUUUAUGAUUGAUGCCCCUGCGGAGAUUGCGGAGCACUCGAGGCUUUACUGGAAUCUUCACUCGACGUUUGGAACAGGGAUCCUAAGCGUUACAAUAGCUGAAUCCCUGUACAUGAUCCAUCAUGCUUCGACAAACGACGAUCUGAGUCCCGGAACACCGACAUGGUUCUGUCUCGUUCUAGGGUUCUGCUCAAUGGUGCUGCAUAGUUGCAUACACAUCAACCUUGUUUUCCACAUCCAUCCCUGCUUGCUUGGUCAUUCGGAUGUAAGAUUGUGGCAUUGUCUGCAAUGGGUCACAUGCAAGAUCUCACGGUUUUAUUAGUUUUUUAGUUGGUCAAACUCUCUGCAAUACUUGUACAUCAUCCAGUCACACUUCUCCCGAACAGUUUUGGUAAAGUUGAGGUUGAAAGUUUCGAGAUCUUGUCCCUAUCUUGAAACUACCAUGCAAGGCUAAGGAGAUUUGAAGAUUCCUCCAUUAGAUGAAUAGAUCUACAAAUACUUCUAGCAAAUACAAGCAACUUGCAGCAGAGGUUUUCCAUGAUCUUUGUGUAUUCAUUU